GUCACUAAUUAACCCCAAUUUGUUGGGAUUAUUAUGGGCUGCGCGCUGGUUCUGAGUGGGGCUGUGGGGGUGUCUCUGUGUGUGGGAGUGGUCUCCUGCAGGUCACAUGGUCCGGGCCUUUGUUGAUGUGAUCCGGGGGAGAAAGAACAGGAGCACGGAGAGAAAAGAAAGAAAAGUACCGGUCCGACUCCGACCCACCGAGCCUUUCCGCCCAGCCUCCCCGGCGCACAGACGCUCCUGCUCGGCCUGGAUGCUGCAGCUGCGGCCCCUCCGGAGCUCCACCUGGAUCGGUCGUUCCGCGGCGCCCCGCGGUCGGUUCUUCUCCCCGCCGGUUUGAGCGCUUGGCAGCGGGGGCUGGGGGAUGGAGGCUGUGUCCGGGCUGUGAGGUGUGGGGGUCGGUGUGUGCAGCCCCCCAGGCCCUCUGCUGCUUUGUUGUCCCUGGCUGCGCUGUGAAGCCUCCUCCCGGCUUUCUGCUCGGCUUUUCCAGCCUAUUUCCUCUGGAAGUGUUUCUCCUGGAAGCCCAGAGGAGUUUCAGGAGGACGCAUGGACACAAAGAGGAUUUAAGGAUUUUAUUUUUGGCUCAUCUCUCUCUCUCUCGUUCCGGAUCAGUUUAGAAGAAGAAGGAGCCAGAAAAACCCGGAUUCCUUCAUUUCACCCAUUUUUCUCUCAAACCUUCAUUCAGCUGCAUCCCUCCAUCCUCCCCUUCCCCCCUCCGCUCCUCUCUGUCCGUCCAUCAUGGCUCCUCUGCGCCGGGUCUCCUGGUUCUGCUGCCUGCUGGUUCUGCUGGGUCUCCCCGCAGCCCGGAGCUCGUUCCCCCGCAGCGGAGGCGGCGGCAGCGCGGACUGCGGCCCCGGGAAGGCCGCGGAGUGUCCAGAUUUGUCGGACAAGAAGAGCGAUCUGCGCGUGUGCGACGCCGGAACGUGUCGCUUCGGAGGAACCUGCCGCGAGAACGGAGCCGACAUCAAAUGUGUCUGUCAGUUCCACUGCAACAAGAAGUACGUUCCCGUCUGCGGCUCCAACGGAGACACGUACCAGAACGAGUGUUUCCUCCGCAGAGCCGCCUGCAAGAAGCAGCGAGCCAUCAGCAUUGUGUCGGAGGGAGCCUGUUACCACGACGGAGGUUCUGGUUCUGCAGAUGGAGAUGAUGAAGGUUCUGGUCGAGGGAAAAAAGCCUCCAAAUGUAAAAACUGCAAGUUUGGAGCCGAAUGUGACGAAGACUCUGAGGACCUGCUCUGCAUGUGUAACAUCGUGUGCAACGGCCACAACGACAACCCGGUGUGCGGCGGCGACGGCCUGACCUACGACACGCCGUGCCACGUCCGCGAGGCGUCCUGCCUCAAACAGCUCAAGAUCGACAUCAAACAUGUCGGCCGUUGCCAAGAUAAAAGCAGGAAAGACGACGGAUCGAAGGGGAAACCAGACAUCUACGCGGUGUCCAAGCCGGACGAGGGGAACGGCUUCCUGGACGGCGCUGUGCCCUGCCCUGAAGACGAAGCUCAGACCUGCCAACACGGCCAGUGUGAGAUGAGACACAACCUGCCCACCUGCAGGUGUGACGCUGCGUACGGCGGCCCCCGGUGCGACCAGCUGCUGGACUUUAACAUCCUGUAUGUGGUGCCCAGCGGCCAGAAGCUGCACUACGUUCUCAUCGCCGCCAUCAUCGGAGCCGUCCAGAUCGCCGUCAUCGUUGCCGUGGUGAUGUGCUUCACCAGGAGGUGCAACAAGUCGAAACGUGGCCGCAGACAGAAGCAGCAUCUGGGCCACUUCCCGUCGGGAACGUCUUCUCGGAUGAUGUAGCCGCCGUCCGUUUUUCCCUCCUCAUGUUUUUAUAAAUCCAACCAGUCCGGUUUUCGUAUCACAGACAGACUGCAGUUUUAUAUCGACUUCCUGGUGCCUCUUUUAUUAUUUCCCCCUUUUUUAAAGUAUUUUAUUUCUGAUUUCUUAGAGGGGCCUUAUUUGUCAGACUUCCUUGAUGUUUUUGUGCGGAUCUGUUUGUCUGUCCAGCUGCUUUCUGAACACUGUGGAUCCAACAGGAAGCAGAACCUUUAUUUAUCUGAUUGUAUCGCUGCUGCAGCGCCACCAUCAGGCUGGCGUCAUGCAGGUUGUUUUUGUUUUCACGCUGUGGGACGCAGCCUGACUCUGUCUUACUGUUUGCUUUGGUUUUAAGAAUCUUGUUUCUUAGGCUAUAAAACACAACAAGGUUCAAUCUGAAAUAUUCUGGAUGAUUCUGCUGAAACAUUUUGACUCUUUGUUUUUCUGAAGCUGCAGUUUUCAGGUCAGAUAUGUAACAUUCCAACAUCUGAUUUUAUUACUAUGAUAACAUCAUUUUUGUUGUCAUUUUUAAAAUAGAAAAUUUGUCCUUCACCUCAUUGGAUGAUCCAUGUUCAGACUGAACUGACCAGGCCGACACAGAUUUGAGUUUUCUUUGACAUAUUCAUGUUUUUUAGGGCCAAAACUCAUGAAGGGUAAAAAAGCUGAAGGUUAUUUUACAUGAUGCUGAUUUUUGAAAUCCAACUGAAAAUUAGAGAAUUAUAAGUUCAUACUUUAAAUUCUGCGUCCGUAAUAUUAAUUCAUUAUUGCUAAACAAAAAAAGUUUGUUGAAGCAAAUGUUACUGACUGAAAAAUUCAAACUGACUGUAAUUCAAUUUAAAACAUUAGAGAAAAACAUUUUCUGUAUUUUUCCUGCUAAUUAUAAUCUAGAGCCACUCAGAUUAAUAAUCUAGUGAUAUCUGUCUUCCUGACGUCUCUCAUCACGUCAAAUUCUAAAAAAUACCCUUUUAUUUAAAACAAGUAUGAUGACAUUUAAACUUUGUUCAGAUCUCUACCCUGAUGAUAACGGUUUGAUAAUCUCAGAUUAUGAUCAGCUGGAGUUAAAAUAGUUUCAUGGUUUACAGAAACACCUGAAGCUUCGUUUCCGCUGAGCGGCGCGGCACGGGUCGGUGCGUUUGGGUUCGCUGCCUUAUUGGUUUCCUCUGGGGAAACGGUGGAAAUGUUCUGAACAUUCUGCUGACCCGUCCAAAUCUGGUAUCAGGUCGUUUUUUAUCCAUUUCUGAGCGACUCUGAGCUGCUGGACUCAGGAACAGAAAUAAUGAGCCUGAAUUUGGUUUUCAGAUUAAUCUUCUAAGGAUUUUGUUCCCAUUUUCUUUAUGUCUAAUAAUAGUUUUAUAUCUCACAUUAUUAUUAUUGUUUCUCUGGAAAGUAAAAUCAUGUUUUGUUCCAUAUUUAUUAUUUUUUCUUUCAAUUCAAAAUAAAAGCUCAGAUUUAUCUUUUUUGGCUAAAAUUAAAGAUUUGUUACAGUUUAAUUCUGUAAAUCACUUUUAUCAGCCCAACUUUUCCCCAGCGUGUUGUACGGCCUUAACCCUGCAGGGGGCGCUCUGUACCUGGACUCCAGGGUGAUUGGGGACCAAUGGCGCCCUCUGCUGUUUGUUUUCUGUUUCGCUGCGUCUCACAGGGUCACAAACUGAAAAUGUAACAUUUAACUUUGUUCUUUAUUCUGUGUUUGUUAUGAGAUGCACCUGAAAACCAAAAUGCUGUUUUUUCUACUGCUUAAGAAUUAAUGAGGUACAAGCUAACGUGUACAGGUUGUUAUUGUUAUUUUUAUUUUUAUUGAUGCUUAAUUUUCAGAUGACGCCAUUCCGGAAAUGGAUGCGGAUGUUUUUGUGCGCGUGUUUGGACGAGCCGAGGAUAAUUUAAAAUGCUUGUUUUCCAUAUAUAAUUUGUAACGAUGGUACGAAGUGUUUUGUUGUGGUAGGAAGAGUAGAUCGAUAAGCUGGCCGCAGGUUCCUUCAUGUUCGCUGACCGGAGGUCAGAGGUCUCUGGGAUGUGGAUCCUGCAGGAACUGGGCCUGAUUUUACUGUAGAUGUUGCGUCCUGCAUGAACCAGUGAAGUUGUUUAGAUUGUGCUGUAGCUGAACUAGAAUUAAAUUAUGAUGUUUGAACCUC